AGGACGUCGAGCGUUGUCGCUCGCGGUGCGCAGAGCGGAGGGAACAGCUGAUUCGUUUUUCCUAACCUCGAUCGCGCUCAGUCAAGACGUUCGGUCGGACGUUUUCCUCUAGAUCGGUGACGUUCCGCGAUUUUCGCGUGUACGACGAGGAUCGGCGACCGCGAAUACUGACGUACGCGAUUGACUCGUGUGUCGCACUCGGGCCAGGUUGACUCGGCAACGAUGGUGAAAAUCAACACGCGAUGGAAGACCGCCGAGGAUUUCAAUAUCCUGCGUGGGAGCAGCAUUUGGACGAAGGUUAAAUAUUUCUGGCGCAAGGGGUGGAUAGAGAUCCCGGUGAUAAUGGCAUCCACACCUCUCGUGCUAAUAGGGUGCGGCGUGGCCGGUUUCACGGUAUAUUACGGCCUGACGCACGAUUUAACACCGAAAUAUUACAAAACGCCGAGAAUUUACAGACCGGACGAUCCGCAAGUCCAGAAGAUCCGCUAUACCUCGGCCUUCGACUAAUACCUCUAAUUUUUAUUUAAAUUUCAGUAGUACAAUAUGUGUACACAUUAUAUAUAUAAUAUAUCCUUCCAUUGUAGACUUAUGUUUCGAAUAAAUGUAUGAAAUAUUGUUAUCAA